GGAAGUCGCGAGUCGGGCGACGCGACGCCUUCCCCGCGUCCCGGCGCUCGUUUUUCUGACGCGGGAACGAGACGGCAAGUGCUCGGCACGCGGAUAUUCGGGCUCCCUUUGCCGAGGUUUCCUUCCGCGGGAGGCUCGCUAGGAGUGUCGCGCGAUGAUCUCGUCCGCCGGGAGGCGGCUCACCAGGUCACCACGGCAGCCAGGACGUUCAGAACGCACACGGCACGCGGGAGCAGCGGCAGGAAACCGCCACGACCAUGUCGGCGACGACGACGAGCCUGACGGUGGAUACUCUGGUGUACGAUGGCCAGAAGCCGGGCACUUCCGGCCUGCGGAAGACCGUCAAGCUUUUCCAGCAGGAACACUACACGGAGAACUUCGUCCAGGCGAUACUGGACGCCAUGGGCGAUCAGCUAGCCGGCUGCACCCUCGUCGUCGGCGGAGACGGACGGUUCUACUGCAAGGAGGCAGUGCUGAAGAUCAUCCGGAUUGCCGCGGCGAACGGGGUGAGAAAAGUUAUAGUUGGUCAGAAUGGUAUCCUCUCGACACCAGCGGUAUCAACUAUAAUUCGGAAGUAUAAGACGCAAGGUGGGAUUGUCCUGACUGCGUCGCACAACCCUGGUGGCCCAGAUGCCGACUUUGGCAUUAAAUUCAAUUGCGACAACGGUGGGCCCGCGCCGGACUAUAUAACAAAUAAAAUCUACGAGAUCACCAAGACACUCCGAUGUUAUAAAAUUAGUCCUGAUGUUAGCAUAGAUAUUGAUAAUAUACAGAAUGUCUCUAUCGAGGUUGAUGGUAGACCGUUUACUAUCGACGUGAUCGAUUCUGUGAAGGAUUAUGUAGAGCUUAUGAAGGAGAUUUUCGAUUUCGCAAGUAUCAAACGGUUGCUGCAAGGCGGCACGGAUAGGCCAGCAUUUAAAGUCCUCAUCAAUUCGAUGAACGGAGUUACGGGACCGUACGUGCAGCGUAUAUUUAACACCGAAUUGGGUGUCAGCGAUACGAGUUUGGUGAAUAUAAAACCGUUAGAAGAUUUCGGUGGUUUGCAUCCCGAUCCAAAUUUAACGUAUGCCAAAGAUUUAGUGAAUGCUAUGAAGGAAGGGCCGUAUGAUUUUGGCGCCGCUUUCGAUGGAGAUGGAGACAGAAAUAUGAUAUUAGGAAAGGCCGCCUUCUUCGUUACUCCUUCCGAUUCUUUAGCGGUAUUAGCUGCUAAUCUAAAAUUAAUUCCGUACUUCCAAAAGACUGGCGUUAAGGGAUAUGCUAGAUCGAUGCCAACUGCUGCAGCAGUCGACCGAGUCGCCGCUAAGAACGGAAUAAAGUUCUUCGAAGUUCCUACUGGAUGGAAAUACUUUGGGAACUUGAUGGACGCCGGUAAUCUAUCGCUAUGCGGAGAAGAGAGCUUUGGCACCGGUUCUGAUCACAUCCGCGAGAAAGACGGAAUAUGGGCCUGCCUUGCGUGGCUCAAUGUGAUCGCAGGACUCGGAAAAUCUGUGGAGGAUAUUCUGCUGGAUCAUUGGAAAAUUUAUGGCAGGAACUUCUUCACUAGGUAUGAUUAUGAAAACUGCGAUUCCGCGAGCGCGGAUAAAAUGAUGCGGAGCAUUGAAGCUCUGAUUCAGAAGCCGGAUUUCACCGGCAGAAAGCUGCAGUACGAGGGCAAGGAGUAUGUUGUUAAGCACGCGGAUAACUAUUCCUACACGGAUCCUGUUGACGGUAGCAAAGCUGCGAAACAGGGUCUACGGAUAUUGUUUGAGGAUGGUUCCCGCAUAAUAUUCCGCUUAUCCGGGACAGGAAGUUCCGGCGCUACUAUUCGUAUGUAUAUCGAUAGUUACGAGAGUGAUCCAGCUACUUUGCAAAAAGACGCACAACUGGUCUUGAAACCUUUAAUUAACAUCGCGUUAGAGUUAAGCGAACUUCGUCAGCACACUGGUCGCGAUGCACCGACUGUGAUCACGUAGAACGUUACAUUCGUUCUCUACGCAAAACUGUUUUAUCUUCCAUUAAAAAAAAACUCAUUGAGAAGUAUACAAGAUGAAGAUCUCGUUAGUGUAAAUUUGGUUGGGUUGUUUGUCCGAUUUCAUUAUUGUCGUCAAAAUCACGAAGCAAUAGCACAACAAUUGUUGCUCGCACGAAUGAACGAAUUUUCCAUUUUUAUAAAAUGUUACGAUUCCAUCCACAUGAUAUAUAUACAUAUAUACACGUGUCACGUAUAUUGAAAACUGUUCAAUAUUCGUAUCCGAAUAGCAACUAAUAGAAAUGUUUUAAUAUCUACACGCUAUAAAUAUUUGCUAUAAAUGUUGUUGCUUGAAUCUUUACAUUUCAAUUCGAGUCAAUGGCGAGAUGGUGCAACUUAUACUUAUUUAUAAUAGAUCUUCCUUAAUAGACUUUGAGUACGAAAAGAAAGACGGUUCCUCAAGCAUUAAUAAAUAACUUUGUAAUUAUCUCCAAUUAGUAGAGAUCUAUAUCGAUAACUUAUAUAUAUGUUAUGAACGUACUCAUAUAUUUAUAUGAGUUAAUAAGCAUUAAUUGUCUUUAGUGUAUAUUAAUAUAUGUAUGCCUGGUAUACGUAGAUAUUCUACAAGUACCGGAAAGCUUUUUUGAAAAUGUUUAGUGAGGUAAUACUAUGUUGCAAAAUGAUAUUGUUGAUACAUGAUAAUCGAUUUUACUUGUUGCCACAGGUAUCGUAAAAAUAUCGUAAAAGUUAGUUUAUCGUGUCUGAUAUACAUAGAGAGAAUGCAUAAAUAUUCUGCAAAAGAAUUUAGCGUAACGCACCAUAUUUAUUUGUUGUUAAAAAUCGUGAGCUUGAUGAUACGUGUACCAGCGAUAAUGCGUACAUUCUGCUUUUUAUCAAUAGCUGACAUUAGAAAUUAUAAAAACCUUUUAAUACCUUUGUAUGCAGCAGUCACAUAGAUGCGUGCAAUGAGUAUCACCACGUGCAUUCCAGUAUAUAAAAAUAUAAUUUGUAAAAAUCACGAUUGUGAAUGGACAAAGCGGGGAGGUAUGUUGUCGAUCUUCCAAAGCAUUAUGUCUAUUCGCGAUUCACAUCUGAUGUUCAUCUUUUAUUUUCAUUCAUUUUCAUCCAUGAUUUUUCAGUGAAAGCACUAUCUUGCGUCUUAUUUUAUGGUCUUCUAACAAGAAAAGAAUUAUUAUAUUCAACGUGUCUCGAUGCCAUUAAAUUUUGAUUAAAUAUGCCAUUAAUGUUUAAUGAAAAAAAUAAUAAUUUCAUUGCUAACAUAUGAUUUUAUUAAUCACGGUGCAGAGAACGUAGAGGCUGGAGUUGUACGUUAGAUAGCAUAAUAUUGGAGGAUUAACAAAAGCGUAAAUUCUACAUUAUCUUCAAGGGUUGGUCUUUUCAACAUUUAUCAACACUCAACAAUCCUUAUCACUCUGUCUACAUUAUAGCAGCUGAUGCUACAAUUUAGACAGAAAUAUAAGAAAUUUAUUUGUUAGAUAAAUUAUCCGGUACUUUAUCCGAAAAUGGAAUGACUGGCCCUGCGAAUUGAACGUAGCGUAAGAUAAUAAGCUUUACUUUAUUAUGCUUUAUAAAUAUUUUAUUAAUAAAUUAAGUCACACGGCGUGUCAUUGCGAUUUAUAAUGGACUGGUGACGCUAUUCAGAAAUUCGAAUGACGCGAUACAAUCUUUUUUUGGUCAAAUUGAUGAACGUUACGUUCGAGUCUAACAUUGUAGAUUUAUUUAUAUCGAUAAAUUUAUACUUAUUAAUUAGAGUGAAAAAGAUAUACGAAGAGUCUUUGCACUUCAUCUUGUACAGUAGCAUAUGUGAAACUGCCUGUGUAAAAAUUACGCAACUAUUUAUUGCAACACUUGAGAGUAAUAUGGAGGGCAUAUUAAAAUUAAAGCAUUGAGGUUUCUGUAGAUAGUAGUGUAUAACUGUAAGAAUCUUUCUUUUCUAUCAAAGCAGUCAUUUAUAUGUCUUUCUGAAGUUGAUUCAUAUCUAUUAAUAUUCCUGUACAAAUUAGUCACGUUUCAUAAGAAUCUAUCAUUUCCUUCAUUAUUACAUUUAAGCGCGCAUAAUUUCGUUUUCAAAUCUGUUUCAGUUACUUUCAUUAGAGAUGUUGAUUCUUGCCAUAACUGUUUUAUCCGCGACCUUAUACUUUGAACUGAAAUACUUCGGCUGCUAAAAGAUUACAGCUUAAUUUUAAUAUUUGAAUAUCGAGAAAAAGCAUGGAUAUUUAUAUUGGCGAAUUCUCCAAAAGCUGAGAAAUAGCCGAAGGAAUUUUGUCACGAUUUCUCCGAGUUUUGGCGGCCCCAAAUAUAGCGAUGUAGAUUGUGCAAAUUCGUAUUUAGCGCGAUACUCAGCGUCUUAUAUAGUCUUCAAAAGAAGAGAGUAAAUAGUAUCCUUGUAAAAUGAUACAAUUGUUACUGGCAACCACAUUCGCGUACUUUAUUAAGUGAUACUCGUUUGUUUCGAAACCACACGGACAGCAUAAUUCACUGAGUAUCCCGUUAAGACUAAUCGAUAGAAUAGAAUACAUUAACGAACUUGUAUAAAGAACAGUAGGAUGAUGAUCAGAGAAAAGUACGAAUUUCUUCCGGGAAAGGAACGAAGCCGCGAGAUGGCCGGUCGAUGCGAAAUUCUACGUGUAACAAUAUAUUCACAUAUAAGAAGAGACGAACAAUAGGUAACAAUACGAAACACGUUCGAUAGGUGUGCGAGAAGCGUGAUGUUAUAUUUCACAGUAAAUGUCUCGUCUAUCCGUAAUUAAUAACGGCCACGCAGGUACAUUCUAUCGCAUUCGUUUCUUCCGUAAUUACUCUUCAAAUUGUCUCUGCUUCUUUCUUAUGUAUGAUAUUUCACCACGGACGUUUGUGUCGAAGAUCUAUCACGUGAGACGCGUUUAUGGUGCAGACUAACUCUCGACGGGAACGCGUGAUCAUACUCAUGUUUUCAUUUCGAGCGAUUCGAUUGGAAAAAAAAGUUUCACGAGGUACGGCGAGGUACGCUGCGAAAGUACGUAACGUAGGCAAGUAAUCCGGAUGAACUUAAAUGCUGUUUUCGUUCUCGAGUAAAAAGUAAAUAGAUGCAGCGUGUUACGGAGCGAUUCCGCAUGGCAAUUAUGUAAAUAGUCGACGGUGGAGGAGCAGAAGGGGACGAAGGAGAGGAGAUACUUAGGGACCUGAGCCGACACGCGCCCCCGUUUGAUCUGCUGAUUACAUCCUGGAGAAGUACGAAGGAAUCAGUACUGCCAAGUAUCGCGUGUACUCUCCAGGACGUAAUAAAGAUUAUUCAACGCGGUGGCGGUGUCACAGAGACCAGCACAGAGACUGCCGAUUACUAUAAAGAUAUUAACAUGUAACAUUUGUAUCAUAAUCAUGAUAAAUACUAAUUAUCAUUAUAAGUAUAUGAAUGAGUGACUGCGCUCGGAAUGCACGUGGUCUGAGGGGUUCAUUGCUGCUCUACGUCGCGCUGCUUCGUUCGUCUCGUCUUACGAAAUGUAAACGUAACGUUGGUGUUAAUGCCGACGGUUGUUCUCAACAUUUGACUCAAGUUACCUUUCUUCUUCUUCGUCUAGUGUCAGCGAGUUGCGUAAAAGUGUGUCACUUGCUUCUUGUCGCGGCUAUCUCGAUUUUCGUUUAUCUUGAGUAAUCCUUGUGUAACCUUGUUGUCAUAAGCAAAACUCGAAUAACAGCCGGAUGUGCGCAUUUUCCCGCUGAACCGAAGCGAAAGCGUGCGCCUUGCGGCGAGCUCGCAAUUGCGACGGUGUGAAGUUGUCGGCGCAUGGUGGGUGCGCGCCUAUGUUCAAGCGAAGUGUUAUAUCGUCUAAGCGACUUGUACAAUCUGAAAGUGGCAACGAUUAAUCUGACUUUUAAUAAACUUUGCCUCAUUACAACGAA